AUGCUGAGCAAGUUGGUGGGGCCGCGGUAUGUGCAGCUGCUGCAGAACUGGACUCCCACCCUAGUGACCUGGGGUGGUGUAGCUGGGACUGGUUUGAUCUGGGUCACUGACUGGAAGCUGGUCCUUCAGUAUGUUCCCUACAUUGGUGGCAAGUAUAAAACUGAAGAGUAA